AUGCCGGAAGCUCGAGAGCUGGCAAUAGUACUCGGGGAGCUGGAUGGCCUGGUGGCCGCCUGCAGGGGUCCCAGGGCCGUGGCGAGGGGCGAGGAAGAGGCACGAGAGACGCUGCUGCUCAGCCUCACCUCGGCAAGGAUGGGAAUACACCGGGAAGACAGAAGCGCAGGCGUGCCGAUCUACCUGAAAGCAGUCUUGGACGUGAUCCUCUGUGGCGCGACGACCGCAGAGUUGACAAAUGGAGCGCUCGCCACGGUGACAGCCUUGAUCAAGAGGGGCUUCUUGUGUGAUCCUUACAUUGCAAAUGCCCAACGGUCCGUCGAAGCAAUCGCCAGCGCGGUUACACACGCCCGUUUCACAGGCGGUGCUAGCCGAAGCGGAGACGAGUGUGUAUUGUUCAAUAUAUUGGCGGCGCUGCAGGAGCUUCUGACUUCUUCAUCGGGCCCUCUGCUUUCCGACGCGGCGAUCUGCGACAUACUGCAAAGCUGCUUUAGAAUUUGCUUUGCCGAUGACCAGUCAUUGAUACUGAGGGAAGCAGCAAAACAAACUCUGGAAUCCAUGUUCGUCUGCAUUUUCAAGCGCUUCCGUGAAUUGGCCACAAAUGAUGAUCGCGACGAACAAAAGCUCCGACGUGCGAUGGCCAGCCUUAGCAUCGAGAGCAUGAGGGAGGACAGCGAUGAGGCUCGGGAUUGCGAUGUUGAUGAGACCCAACUGUCUACAACAUUUGAAGAUCCUUCUAAAUACGGUCAACCUUGUGCGGUUGAAGCAUUUUGCUUUAUCUCUGGAUUGAUAAACCCGCGUGAUGAGAGAAACGACGAAAGGGUGAUCACGCUUGGGUUGGAACUGCUGCUUCUCGACUCGACCGACCUACGUGUCCUCGCCCGCGUGGCUCGUGUCGCAUUUCAAUUAUUCGACCGCAGUCGGCAACAACUGAAGCUCCAGAUGGAGGCCUACUUCCAGAAGUUGCAGACGAUUCUUGCUAGCCCACCGGAUAUCAACUCGUACGAAAAGAAGGAAUUUGCGCUUUCGGCGCUUGCGCGGCUCUGGCGAAUCCCAGGAAUAAUGAACGAGAUUUAUUUCAAUUACGACAACGAGCUUUACCACAGCAAUCUCUUCGAGGAUGUCGUCAAGCGCUUCUCGGAGAACGCCUUCCCGCUCCAUGAUAAGGAGUCGAUGUCAUUUCUAGGUUUUGAGGCGUUACUAGCGAUUAUCGCAUGGCUGGAGAGGGACGUACGAUUUCACACAGCGGAGGUCGAAUCCCCUGAAUUGGCUUUGGCUCGAACUAAAGCCUAUGCGCGCAAGAAGAAGAAGGAUAUUAUUGCUGAGGCGUCGAACAUAUUCAAUACCAAUCCAAAGAAAGGCAUUACGUUUCUGCGUGAGAAGGGUCUUAUCGGCAGCGAUCCGCGCGCAGUGGCUGAAUGGCUGAGGAUGAAUCCGCUUCUUGACAAGAAAUUAAUAGCCGAUUACAUUAGCGACCGAAAGAACAAUGAGGUUUUGAAAGCCUACGUAUGCUCAUUCGACUUCACCAAUACGCGCCUUGACCAGGCCCUGCGCGUAUUCCUGGAAACUUUCCGCCUGCCCGGGGAGUCUGGUGAAAUUACGAAAGUGAUGACGCAUUUCGCUGAGCACUGGUACCACUCGAACAAUGCGCCGUUUGCCGACCCGGAUGCCGCAUUCACGCUCUCCUAUGCCGUUAUUAUGCUCAAUACCGACCAGUACAAUCCGCAGGUUGGCCUCAAUCAGCCUCGUAUGACGGUCGAUUCGUUUGUGAAUAACUUGAGAGGCACUAACGGUGCCGGAAAUUUUGACCCGAAGAUGCUACAAGAGAUCUUCUAUUCGAUACAGCGUGAGGAGAUCGUGAUGCCAUCCGAACGAACGGGACUCGUCAAGGAGGAGUAUAUCUGGAGAACGCUUUUAGAAAGGUCUGGCACAACUGAGGGAUGCUAUCAUCGGAUGCCGGCUGGCUGGAACGACAAGGAACUGUUUCGUGUGGCCUGGGGACCGGUCGUUUCGGCUCUCUCCUGUUUUUACGACAAAUGGGAUGAUCCGGAAAUCACAAAGAUGGUGAUUCUUGGAUGCCAUAGUUGCGCUCGCGUGGCUGAUCUCCUAGGGAUUCCUCAGGCCCUCGACAGCGUCGUCAUCAUGUUGUGCAGGGCCAGUGGGCUGAUCCCGAACACGGACGAAAUUCAUGAAGAAGGGCUCAAAAGAAGUUGUCCCACCGAUGGCCCCCAUGAGUUGGGCCUGGCCCUCGGCGAAGAUUCGAAGGCGAUAGCUGCUGUCCAGACGAUCUUCGAACUGAUGCUGGCUUACGGGCAAACAUUGCACGAGGGCUGGACCUACGUCGUUGACUGCCUGAUUCAACUAUAUCGAGCGCGUAUGUUGCCGGCUGAAUUCACGGUCGUGGUAGAUUAUGUUGCGGUGACCGGAACCGUCAGCAUCAAUCGAGAAUAUCCUCGAGCGAUGAAAGCCUCGAAAAGUGAAUCUAACUUCCUCACGUGGUUCCUGUUUGGAAGUGGUGCCGACUUGGAAACACCUACGCAGCAUCAGCGGCACUUUUGGGAAGAGGACCGCUACAAGGCGGCUAAAAAAGCACUCGACCGAUGUAAGCUUCAAGACGUCAUCGGACUCUCCAGCGCCCUGCCCUACUCUGCAAUCACGGGCUUCAUGUCGGCCAUUUUACAAGUGAGCCAAGGGAUCAUUGCUGGUCUUGAGGAAACUCGCUUGUCGGACCAUCCGACAGCCGAGGACUCGUUGACAUUUUGCCUCGAACUCUCCGGAAAGUUGUUAUUGGCUAACCAGUAUCGACUCGAUGACUUGUGGCCACAAAUUCGCGCUCAUCUGAAAUGGAUCUUCGAGCGGCUGCCGGCGAGAAGCAGCCAGUUGACGGGCAGGGCUAUCGUCGUACUUUUGAAUAUCAUCGACGAGGCGUUCGAAGACUCCCUUCAAAAUGAAGAACGGCUCUCCUCCUUGAAAUGGUUCUUGGAACUGCCCGAGCAAAUUUUCGUCAUUCACUCCCAACAAAUUGCCAAAGGGCUUGCACACCUUAUACGCCGACAUGCGGUGGCGUUGCGCAAAUCGGCACAUUGGAUUCUCAUCACUUCCCUGCUUGAGACCGCUCGCCUGGCCCCCCACCAAGAUAUGAAGCUCAACCAAGACGGCGCCGACCGGACCGCGCUCAAAAAUGAUGAACCCGAA